AUGUCGAAAACCAACAGCUCACCUGCAGUUCACCUUGUUAGAUCACAGCUGUUGGAAUUUUCAUUUGCGUACCCAAAGGGUGUGUGUGUCUGUUCUAUUUUUACUGACCAGUUGCUGCCCGUCUUCAAUUUAAUAUUCCUAUUCUUUUCUCAUCCCCUCACAGUCCGAAAGCUUCCAUCCUCCAGUCACCACCUCCCUCCUGCCUGGACUGCACUAGGCGGACAAUUUGUUUGCACAAUGCCUGAACCGUAAAGGAAAUCCAAGAUCACAGCCUCGCGCAAACUCCUUUUGAAGAGUUUGAUGCUGGCUAAAGCAAAAGAAGAAUGGGAACAAGAGCAAGUAGACAAACAAGGAGAGAAGGAGAGAUAUUUAGCAGAGAGGAUUACACCCCUGCAUACCAGUGGACUUUCCUAUGCCCAGCUCCAGGAUCUGUGCCGGGAGCUACAUGAGAAGGUAGACAUUGUGGAUGAGGAGAGAUAUGAUAUUGAAGCAAAAUGCACCCAUAAUACACGGGAGAUUAAAGAUCUAAAAUUGAAGGUGCUUGACCUUCGGGGAAAAUUCAAGCGCCCUCCCUUGCGGCGUGUCCGUGUCUCUGCUGAUGCCAUGCUUCGGGCUCUGCUUGGUUCUAAGCACAAAGUUUCCAUGGACCUGAGAGCCAACCUCAAGUCUGUCAAGAAGGAGGACACGGAAAAGGAGCGUCCUGUAGAAGUGGGUGAUUGGCGUAAGAAUGUGGAGGCCAUGUCAGGAAUGGAGGGCAGGAAGAAGAUGUUCGAUGCUGCCAAAUCUCCAACAGGACAGUGAAAAGUUCUGCUUGGAAAUGUGAAGACCCCCAGUGCCUGCGUACAUCUCUUUCCUUUGCCCUUUGGUGUUCCCUUAUCUUAUCACAUGUUCCUGCAUUAACUGUACAGUCACUGCAUUUAUGGACACUGUUAAAAGAUUAUUACAUCUUUGCGCUUCAUGCCACU